GAUGUUUAUGGCAAGCCUUCACGCAUCAUACUAGGCAUGAUAGGUAGCAAGUCCUAUCUCAACCAGUCCGCUCUUCGAACCCCGAGCUCUCAAGAUGAAUAAACCAACUCCCUCUACGUCCGACGCGCCCUGGUCCUUAACCGGUAAAUCUGCUAUCGUCGCCGGGGCCUCACGUGGAAUCGGCCAAGUCAUUGCUACUUACCUAGCAUGCAAAAGUCUCUCUAAGCUAGCCAUCACAUAUGUUACUAACCUCAAAGCAGCUCAGACAACUGUAGAGGACUGUCAGCGUCUGGGAGUCAAGGACGCCCUUGGCCCUGCUUUUGGCCUGAAGAUCAUCUAUGCUACUCUCGAAGGCCUCCAUGUAACAGUUAUUGAUAUCCUCGUCAACAAUGCUGUCUUAACAAAGCCUAGGAAAGUGCAGCCGGUCAAGGAGACAGCCUUGAACGUCUUCACGGAAGUGAUGCAAGCAAAUGUUUACGCGCCACUUACGCUUAUUAUGGCCUUUUUGUCACAUCUUCCAGCUUAUGGAGGUCAUGUGGUCAACAUCUCGAGCAUCCUUUCUUAGGG